AAUCUGAAAAUCUAAUAAUUGAAUUAAAACUUUCAUUAUGUACUAUUUAUCUAUCAGGAUAUGAAUUUAGUAAUCAUGAACUAGGUGCAUGGAGAACUAUAUUACACACUGCUAGCACAACUAAUAUAACUCCUUGGUCACUAGAAGAAUCAGAA